AUGGAUCUGGAGAAGUUUGAUCUAACAAAGAAUGACCUGGAAAUCAUCGUUGCACGUUAUUUCAUCGAUUCGGAGUUAAAAUGGGACAUCAAUUCGGUCGUGGUGAAGCCGUUUAGCGCGAGUCGUGUCGGAUAUCUCGGUGAUCAUUUUGUGCUUGAUCUCAAUGUGUCUCAAGAUAAUAAUAAUGUUCGAAAAUUAAGUUUCUUCCUGAAAGUGUUACCUAAAAGGUUACCGCCUCUUACUCGAUACUUGGAAUCAACCGGAACAUUUCGAAAGGAAGUUUACCUACACAGAGAUCUACUUCCGAAGUUGUUUUCAUUCACCAGAUUUGCACCGGAGGCUUAUUUUACUAAAAACAACCAACUAUUAGUGUUUGAGAAUCUUGAAUCGAAGCACUUUCGAACAAUCAGUAAUUCUGGCAUGGGUAUCUUCGAUAAGGCACACUUGGAAAAGGCACUUGAAGUAUUGGCCAAACUACACUCCGCUUCACUGAUGUUGGAAACGAAAACCGGUCGUACGUUUCCGGAAUUGUAUCCCGGAGUGUUAGAUGAAAAUUGUUGGGUUCGCAAGGAAAACAACCCCCGCGUCGAGGAGUUAGAAAAUGUAAUUACUAUUCUUUGCGAGCUGGUGAAAGUGGUCGAACGUGGAAACGAAAACUUAGCGAAUAUAUUGGAAACGUUGCCUCAAUUUGUGCUGCAAAUUUACGAAUUAGUGAAGCCAUCGAACAUUUUUCGAAACGUUAUUUGCCAUGGGGAUCUUUGGGGUAGUAAUCUUAUGUUCAAGUAUUCGGACGAUGGCACACCGUUCGAAUGUCUGAUCAUAGAUUUCCAAUUCGCCCGUUAUGCACCUCCUGCCUAUGAUGUAAAUAUGCUGUUGACUUUAACGACCACCGGAGAGUUUCGAAAGCAACAUUACUGUGAACUGAUAGAUUAUUACUACAAUUGCGUGCGGCGAUGCUUUAUAGACAAUUGUUUAUCACCAGAGGAGAUCAUUCCCGAACGGCAGUUUCUGGAAUCUUGCAAGCAUUAUCGGAUAUCCGGACUGAUCGACAAUUUCUUGGUGAAUCAUGUGACAUUGCUACCCAGAAGUUAUAUUGAUCAAACUUUCUCAUCUCCGGAGAAUUAUGCAAAGUUCAGUGGACCGGACAAGGUACGAAUGUGCUUGGAUGCGUUAAAAAAUGAUCCGAGUUACAGGACCAGAAUGAUAGAAAUCAUUAGGGAUCUGGUAGCAGCUUUGUUGUCGAGUGGAAUCAAAUUUUCUUGCUAG